UCUCCUUCAUACAUACAGACCUUUUCUCUUUUCCUCUCAUCUUUCUGUUUUUCUGGCAAUGGAAUUGGUUCCCUCUUCUGUCGACUCCAGCUGGUGGAUGUUUGCACUCCCUGCAAUGUUACAAACCAAAAACUUGUCAAACCCUCUAAUCUUGCUCUUUGUCUUGACAUCUUUCUUGGUCAUUACCUUACUAACUUCGGCUUUCUCAACUGGUGGCCUAGCAUGGAAAAAUGGCAGGAACCAUAAGGGUAGCGUCUCCAUCCCUGGUCCAAGAGGCGUACCCUUCUUUGGAAGCCUAUUCAGCUUAAGCCGCGGCUUGGCCCAUCGCACCCUCUCUUGCAUGGCGUCGAGCCAAGCCGCUACUCAGCUCAUGGCUUUCAGCUUAGGCUCCACACCAGCCAUUGUGACAUCGGACCCUCAAAUUGCUCGUGAAAUCUUGACCUCUCCUCACUUCGCUGACCGUCCCAUCAAGCUAUCGGCUAAAAGCCUCAUGUUUAGCCGAGCCAUUGGUUUUGCGCCAAAUGGGCCUUAUUGGCGUCUCAUGAGAAGAAUUGCAUCAACUCACUUAUUCGCACCAAGGCGCAUCGCGGCUCAUGAGCCAUGGCGCCAGCUUGAUUGUGCUACAAUGUUGAGCGGCAUUUAUGAUGAUCAAUCCCUCCAUGGAGUUGUUUAUUUGCGUAAACAUCUCCGAAAUGCUUCUCUUAAUAACAUUAUGGGUACUGUUUUUGGCAAAAGAUAUGAGUUAAUGCAAUUUAAUGAGGAGGCUAAAGAAUUGCAAGAACUUGUUGUUGAAGGGUUUGAACUCUUGGGUGCUUUUAAUUGGUCUGAUUAUCUGCCGUGGCUGAGUUACUUUUAUGACCCUUUUCGCAUCAAAGAACGUUGUUGUCAACUUGUUCCACGAGUCAAGAAACUGGUUAAGCAAAUCAUUGAAGAGCAUAGAAUUAAGAAGCCAAAAAAUGUCUUUGAUAAUGCUGAUUUCGUAGAUGUUUUGCUUUCUUUGGAGGGUGAGGAGAAACUUGAAGAGGAUGAUAUGGUUGCUGUUUUAUGGGAAAUGAUAUUUCGUGGCACCGAUACUACUGCACUUUUGGCCGAGUGGGUCAUGGCAGAGUUGGUUUUGAACCCGGAGAUUCAAGCCAAACUUAGCAAGGAGCUGAAAUUGGUUGUUGGAAGCAGGAGUGUCACGGAUGCUGACGUAGCUGAAUUACCAUACCUUCAGGCUGUGAUCAAGGAAACCCUACGUGUACAUCCUCCUGGGCCCCUCCUCUCAUGGGCACGGUUGUCCACUUCAGAUGUACACCUCAGCAAUGGCAUGGUGGUCCCCGUCAACACAACUGCAAUGGUCAACAUGUGGGCCAUAACCCAUGACCCAAGAGUAUGGGAGGAUGCCUUGGUGUUUAAGCCAGAAAGAUUCAUGGAGAGUCACGGUGGUGCUGACGUGGAUGUGAGAGGAGGUGACCUCAGGCUUGCACCAUUUGGGGCUGGACGUAGGGUUUGUCCUGGUAAGAACCUAGGGCUCGUGACAGUGAGCCUUUGGGUGGCUAAGUUGGUGCACCAUUUCGAGUGGGUUCAGGACACGCAUAACCCAGUUGACCUAAGUGAAAUGCUGAAACUUUCUUGUGAAAUGAAGAACCCUCUCUCUGCUGUGGCUAUUCCAAGAAAUUAACGGUGUUCGACUUUUCUAGGGUUUGGGUUUGAUCUGAGGACUUGAAUUUAAAAUUUCCAGUACGUACUUUAGUGUGUGCUUCUCGUUUGCUAAAGUAUUAUGAUCAGAUAUAAUUCUAAAUUAAGAAUGACGGUAAUUGAGGGA